AUGGUAGAUGUAGAAUGGGUAAAUUACUAUUGUCAAGCAUUCCAAAAUGCUAUAAACCAGGGAAACGUAGAAGAAGCUUAUCAGAUGGCCCAAAUAUUAAUAGAUAAUGAGGUUAAGAUUCAAGUAGCUCUAAAUUUAUCUUUGCCUCCACCUAUCCCUGUUAUUCCAUCUACCCCUAAUUAUAAUCAAAAACCAGCCCAUAAUCAAGCUCCAAAAGGGCCGAUAUAUACUAAUCAAAAUUCUCAGCAAAGAUCAAUUAGUAGUAUUGAUAAAACUACUCUUAAAGAACUAUUAGUGAAUAUGGGCUAUAGCCCAAUUAUGGCUCAACAAGCAGCAAAAAGAUUUGAAACAAUUGAUGAUUGUGUUAAUUACCUAUCAAAGAAGCAUUAG